AUGGCAGUACCUAGUCGACAUUAUUCAUGCUAUAUGGACGCCGAGGACGCUCAGUCGUCGUCGAACUCUUCCAUAGAUAACCACUGUUUGCGCAUCAAAAUUCUGGGAGACUGCUAUUAUUGCGUGUCUGGUUUACCGGAACCGCGUUCAGAUCACGCUCAUUGUACUGUUGAAAUGGGUUUGGACAUGAUCGACGCCAUCGCCAGCGUCGUUGAAGCCACAGACGUGCAACUAAACAUGCGAGUGGGCAUUCAUUCGGGACGGGUGCUAUGCGGAGUCCUGGGGCUCCGGAAAUGGCAGUAUGACGUGUGGUCGAAUGAUGUCACGUUGGCUAACAAUAUGGAAGCAGGCGGCGAGCCAGGGUAA